CCAAUAGCCGGACACCAAAGCAUCCCCCGAUCGCUCUCGAACGCUACGACCCGUCCUGUGUUGUUGUGAUUGAAGGCAUGCGCCCAAACGUGCCUGAGCGGGAAAUCCAUGAACUUGUCGACAAGUACGACCCUGCAAGUCGGCCCACAAUCGUCAAACUCGUGCGCACACGCUUCUUCGCCAACGCCCAUGUCGUCUUCUCGAAUGCACAGGGCGCAAAGGACUGUGUUUCCGGUCUGCAAAGAGUCUCGACCUCCAACCCACGCCACUCGUUGACUGUUCAACUCUUUUCGGAACGGCAGCGCCAAGCGCCUGCUCCCAACGGUCAAGCCAACGCGCCCACAACCGAGGAACACCCGCCGAAACGACACCGUGCAAACGGGUUUCAGGGAAGCAGCCGCCCUCAUCAGGACCACAACGACCGUCAUCAUCACCACCACCAACAGCACCAACAGCACCAACAGCACCAACAGCACCAACAGCACCAACAGCACCAACAGCACCAACAGCACAGGCCACACCACGAUGGACCGCCCCAAAAUCGCCGCCCUCCACCCAUCCCUCCUUCCGAUUCCAACAAGUGUCGCAUUGUCAUCAUCCCCAAGCUUCCAAAUGGGCUCACGGAUGAGCAAUUGGCUGUUGCGCUGGAGUCUCGCCUCCGUACACACGGGCCAGAGCUCGACCUGAAAGUGAGCCAUGGCCCCCAAUACCGCUACGCUCACGUCACCUACCCGGACCCGGCGCACGCUCGCAGCGCGGCACUGGAUUUGCAUCGCAGGCUGUUGUUCAAGUUUGAGAUUGAAGCACACUUGGUGCCCACACUGAAAUUUCCUCGAGCUGCACUGCAGGUGUUUCGCAACCCGCGCGCGUGGCACCCGGACAUGGCGCCCACCCUGGAGCUGCGCAACCUCAAUGCCGCUGUCACGCUUGUGGCGCUCACCCAGCACCUGCAGGACAUGGGUGUCAACGGCAGCGUGAUACCCCACACCCACCUGGCAAGCGCCAGGAUCAUGUUUCAGUCGCUGUCAGAGGCGCUUGCGGCCCACGCCCUCAUGCGCCGAUUCCCACACAUCAUCUGGCCCCAGCAGGACUGCGACGUCACGUUUGGCCAGCCCAAGGAGACGCAGUGGCUGUGGUUUCAUGGUUGUGGGCGUGUGCGUGCAUCAUCGCAAGAGCUGCGCUCGUGGCUGUCGCAGUAUGGCAUGGUUACCCACCUUGGCACCUUGAAACAUCAAGACGGCUUCUUUGCCGCAUUUGGAACGGUGAAACAAGCCACAGUUGUGAAGGCACAGGUUCAGGGCAUGUCGUGCUCGCACCCGGUGCAAAGCGAUUCCUUGCAGGUGACGUACGUGCAGGACCACACCGUCUUUGACAUGGCAGGCACCCAGUAUCGUGACGCCGCGGACGUGAAAGGCGUGCCGUUUGGACCCUGGAAUGAAAUGGGCAACGAGCAGCGCAAUGAGCACGGCCUGCGUGCACACGGCGCUCACGCUCGCCGCCACUCGUCUUUGGAGCCGAGAGACGCGGCCGUAUCUGCCCCCCAUGUUCCACCACCAAGAGCAGCACGCCCCCGCCGCUCGUCGCCUGUAUCCCGCUCAUCGCUCGAGAGGGACACCAUCAAACCCCGAUUUCCUUCCCCGGCUGGGUCGUCGUCUUCAUCGUCAGCAGCGGUAGCGCCGUAUACGCGUGGUGCAUCGCUGCCUCCGUCCUCUCGGCGACACCCCACACCUCCCAGGCCGGGCACAUGGGUUGACCGGCGUGGCGACAGGGGGUUUUCCCACCGCAGGCGCGAUUCAGACCGGGGCGAUAGGCGGCCCCGCGACCGCGUGCAUGAUCGCCUCCGCUCGCCAGACAGCCGUGACGCCCCUCCCCCCCUUGGUCGGCCGCGGUCCCGCUCAUCCCAGGACGCGAGUGCAGCGGCAGCGCAGCGAAGACACAGUCCAACGGCUCGGGAUGACGGCCGACGCCACUCUACGCCUUCGUCAUCGGCAUCUGCAGAUGCAGCAGUGGUGAAGCGGCGCUCUCCAACAGCGCAGCUUGCUGAGAAGGGCGGGGCACCUCAAAGCACCCGCCAGUCGCCCCCUGCCUGGAGGACAGCAACUGGUGGCCCCGGAAGCAGCAGCUUUGGGAAUCGUACCGCUGCUGCUGCUGCUGCUGCGGCUGCUGUGGCACGCGCGUCCCGGUCCACUUCAGCGUCACCGAGGACCGUGGCGGGCAGCGACGCAGAUGCCGCUUUCAAGAAUGCUCUCAAGGACGUUCGAGGCCGUGUGGAGCAGCUGAAGCAGGGCAAGACACAGCAGACGCAGCAGCAACAACUUGCCCACACCGGGGAACAAGGCAAGUACUCGGCUGUGUUGCAGCGGUUGAUAGAGUCGUCGAAGAUCACGUCACCACCUCCCUCGUCGCCAUCGCCAGCCAUAGGGAAGGAAGCAAGCACCUCACCUACCCCAGGUGGGAAGCCGUCAACAGCAGCAUCGUCAUUUGCACCACCUGCACCUGCGCCCACAAGGGAAACAACAAGCAACGCAAAACGCCAACAUGUGAAGGACGAGUUUCGAACAGAGAUGGCAGAGCAAGGCCAGAAUAAGGGCGGAAAGCGCCAGCCUGCGUCUGGCAACAGCAGCAGCAGCAGCAGCAGCAACAGCAGCAGCAGCAGCAGCAGCAGCAGCAGCAGCAACAGUAGGAAGGACAAGGACGCCGCUGGCGUGUAUGUGACACGCAAGUGGACGCAACAUCGAUGGGAGGACUCAGGGGACGAACCCCAGAAGGGCGUGUCUGCUGCCCUUGCUGCUGGCGCUGAUGCAUCCUCAGCAACACGGGCAGAGAUAGCUGACGCAAACCAACCGAGACCCACCACGACCACGAUAACCGCGACUCCAACUGUUACACCACCCACAACGGCAACGACAACAACGGCAACGACGACAACAGCUACCGCAACCGCUACACAAGGGGCGUCCACAACACCCGCAGCCAUGACAGCCACCGCAGCCCCAUCCACCCCGUCUCCUUCAACACCGUCAACUGCAGAAACGGAUACAGCGACGCCCGGAGAGGCAGCACCGCAAGCUAGCAGCACGUCGAUGUCGGCGUUCACGACAACCAACGGAAACGGAAGCGUCUCGACGACGUAUGCCAUGCCAGGACAGUCUGAGACCACAGAGUCGCCUGUGCUCAUCUCAGCGUACGCAAACCUAUACCCAACAGCGCCUGCUGUACCCUUGUCCAGUGUUACCAGCAUGUGGGGACAGCAGCAACAGCAGCAGCAGCAGCAGCAGCAGUAUGCUAUGCAGGCGGAAUAUGAUGCGUAUUGGGGCCAUUACUAUUCACAGUCCGGGUAUGGCGCUUACUACGAUCCAUCAUCCUACGCCUAUGGAUGGUACGGUCAACUACCUGGAACGGAGCAGCAAGAGCAGCAGCAGCCACAACAAGCACAACAAGCACAACAACAGCCACAACCGCAAGUGCCACAAGAACAGCAGCAGGCAUCUCAACAGCAGCAACACGCACAACAGCAGCAGCCAGCAGUGAGUGCGUCCAGUGGGGCGAAUCAAGGUGAUACCGUGUCCGCAUCGGAUGCACCUUCGCAAUUAACAACGCUGGACAAGAUUGUCGUCGCCGCAGCCAUGGAUCUUCACGGCUAUUCGGAGAACAACCAGCCCGCUGCCAAUGCAUCGAAGGACGAGCGCGCCACCGCAACGCCAACCUCCACGCCAGCAGGGUCUGGCACCGCUUCAGCAACACAAACAGCGGCAGCAUCUGCACCAGGUGCCAAGGAAAGGGAUGCAGCCGCAAGCAUUUCGGCAGCGGCCACGACCGCGACGUCGUCUUCAAACCCCGAGAGCGCUGCGGUGUCCGUUGCCAACACGUUGCAGGGCGCAACAAGCCAUGUGUCGUUGGCUGUGGCAUGGGCGGGCGCACUUCAGCUGAAGAAGUGGCACUUUGGGGUUGAGCUGCGGGCGGUAUCUGGCGGGCGCGACGUGCUGUCGCGUUGCUUGCCGGAGGAGCACACGGUGCUGCGCGUGACCAAGCGAGCGGCGUUGACAGAGGCAACGCAGGCUGCAUUGCUGGCGCUGGUGAGCAAGAGUCGUGCCGGUGGCGACAACAACAGCAGCGUCAGCAGCAUCAGCGGUGAGGCUGGGCCUUCUGCACGCGCACGAGCUGAUGCCGCCGGCAUGACGUUGCAUGCGGCGGCUGUGCUGACGUGCCGCGCCCGGGACCCGUUGCAUCGCGCCGCGUUUGUGGCGUGUGUUGGCUUGUACCUGAGCAAGAAGAACGCUGUUGCAUGCGUGACCACCCCUGCAAGCACCCUGUACAUUCUGCCCCCGUGCUCGUUUGCGCAGCAAUGCGUGGACAAAGCAGCGCCGUUGCUUGACAGUGCAGGAGUGCAGGACACAGACCUCGUCGUCAUUGUGCAAGGGCAAUGAUUGAUUGCCGACUGAUGGCUGCUUGGU